AUGACUGACCAGCUUGGGGUUGGCCGAGCACGCGACGUCGCAGGCCCCAGGCACGGGUGUGAGGCACGUGGCGCUCACCGCGCAGCCGUCUUUGCGAUCUGUGCCACGUGCGUGGCCGCAGGUGUCGCCACGCUGGGAGUUAGACGGCUCGCACCCGCCUUCAGACAGAGCCACGGCGGUGUUUCAACCGCGACCCCUAGCUUUGCAACUGCUAGCGAUGACUGCGAUGUUCGCUACACUUGGGACACUCGUGACUGGGUGGUCGAUUAUCUGCGACCGACCGCGGACCUCGGCGGCAAAGCCUCGCGGAAAGCACCGUUCGACAUCCCGAUGGCCAACAAGAAGGCGGCCCUCUUGGUGAAUAAUUCUUAUCCUGGGCCGCUCGUGGAGGCGUACGAGGACCAGCUGGUCUGCGUCACGGUCGUCAACAACAUGCUGUCGGAGUCCAUCUCGAUCCAUUGGCACGGCGUCAAGAUGCGCGGCUACCCGUCCAUGGACGGCGUCUACGGGGUCACGCAGGCGGGCAUCGCGCCGCAGGGCGGUGUCUUCACCUACCGCUUCAAAGCCAAUUCCGGCACCCACUUCUGGCACGCGCACAUGCAGGCGCUGCAGGCCGACCGCGGCCUCAAGGGCCCCAUUGUCAUCCACAAGCGCAGCGACCCGCAUGCCUCGCUGUAUGACGAGGAGCGCAUCGUGGCGCUCAGCGACGAGUGGCCGAGCGCGGAGGCGUGCCUGAGGGCCGAGGGCGCGCAGCCGGGAAACCCCGUGUGCGCCGAGAUAGACAAGGCAUCGUGGAACGGUGUCUGGGGGGACGGCUCCGACGAGUACCCCUGGCCACUGAUCACCGUGGAGCAGGGCAGGUGCUACCGCCUCCGCUUCAUCGGCAUGAUGGGGCAGACGCAGAAUUUCUUGAUCGACAUGGCUGGCCACAACAUGACAUUGAUCGCCGUCGAUGGCGCCGACGUUGUGCCUGUGAACGUCACCCAGUUCAAUCUCCAUGCCGGCGAGCGCGCGGACGUGGUCGUCUGUGCAGAUCAGGAGCCAGGCAAUUAUUUGAUGACUGCGACGUACGAUUUGGCUUGCUUCUUGGAGAAGGCCCCCGCGCCGCACAUGCCCAAGGUGGACUCCUGCAAAUUUUGGGCCUUUCUCCACUACGAGGGACAGGCGCCCCCCACAAGCAAGGCCAGCAAGCACUUCCUCGGAGGAUACAGCCCUCCGGCUGGCACCGCUGGCGGCAAGAAUCCGGGCAAGGGCACGGGCAUCAUCUGGAACACGAACGAGCGCUCAUCCUGGAGCUCUGUCAGGAACCUGGAGGUGGCCCCAGAACCGGAGCAGGCGGACGUGACUUACAUCCUCGACGUGGGUGUUGUCGGCCCGCAGUUUACUCCCGUCGACCCCUACGCGACGACCGACCGCAUGUACAUGUUCACGAACCGCACGCCCUGGAAGAAGCCACUGACCCCGCUGCUGCACACGAGGGGGCAGUGCGGGGCGGAGGGCGUCCCGUUCAUAGAGGUGCCCAAAAACGCCACCACCGUCGAGCUGAUCAUCAACAACUUGUCUCCCACGGCCCAUGUCCUCCACAUGCACGGCACGUCCUUCUCCGUGAUCGACUACGCCCCCUACUCGGAGUCGUGGUGCAGCGCUGGCCACUUCGAGUGCUUCUUCCUCCCCCUGUCCGUAGCGAAGACACUGGACUGCCCUGGCGCCCGGGCUGGAGACCCUGGCACCAAGUUCCCGUACGACGCGUACUGGGGUUGCCCCUACGACGCCGAGAAAGACGGCAAGGGCCGCAUGCUGGAAGCGCCGCUGCAGAAAGACAUGAUAAGCCUCUGGCGCCGCAGCUGGGCGGUCAUCCGGUUCAAGGCGGACAACCCCGGUGUGUGGCUUUUCCACUGCCACAUGGAGCAGCACAUCGGAUCCCCACCGGGCAGGUCAUGGCAUUCAGCAUUCGACCCCAGGAGCAGCCCCCGAUCCCGUACGGCGUGCCGACGGAGGGCCCGUGCCCAGUCUGGUCCAGGCCGUAGGCCCCCCCCCCCCAGGGGAGGCAGACAUCUGCCCCAGCCAGGGGCAGGCAGGGGCUGCAGGAGGAGGCGGAGGAGGAGCGGCAGCGCAACGGGCGCACAUCCAGCGGCAGCGCAGCGGGCGUAUGGUCCCGACUGGUACAGCAGGCCGCGCUGCGCAGUGGGCGGGGAUGGCCGCCCGGCAGCUUCCCGUGUCCACUGGCGCGUCCACUGGCACAUCUUGGAGGGAUAUGCGGAAUACGAGGAGGAGCAUGCGAAUAAGGAUGAUCCUCAUUGCACCAGAUUUGGGCGAACCAUGGUGCAGUGUCGGUGA